GAGAGGCGGCCCUAAGGAGGCGCGGUCUCCUAAAUUCAUGGCGGCUCUUGUACGGUUAGCGGUGGUGCGUUCACAGUGUCGCCAGCUUUGGCAUCUGUUCCCUCGCGGCCAUGGGCUCAGGGGUAUGGCGGAGAGGCCGAGACCGGAGGAGGCGCGCUGCUCCCUGGGGAGCCGAAACUUCAGCGCCAGGCCGCCACCGCCGGGUGCCGGGCCGGAGCCCAAGGGCAGUCAAGCGGGGUCUCACCGCCCGAAGCUUGGGCCUGUUUCUUGGAAGUCUUUAGCACUCACUUUUGCCAUUGGAGGAUCUUUAUUGGCUGGAAUGAAGUACUUCAAGAAAGAGAAGAUAGAAAAGCUGGAGAAACAGCGGCAUCGCAGCAUUGGGAAGCCUUUACUAGGGGGACCAUUUUCCCUCACAACUCACAAUGGAGAGCCCAAAACUGACAAGGACUUCCUGGGUCAAUGGGUAUUGAUUUAUUUUGGCUUCACUCAUUGCCCUGAUAUCUGUCCAGAAGAACUGGAAAAAAUGAUUGAAGUUGUGGAGGAAAUAGACAGUAUUCCAUCCCUGCCAAAUUUAACUCCACUUUUCAUCACCAUUGACCCAGAAAGGGACACAAAAGAAGCCAUCGCAACUUAUGUGAAAGAAUUUUCUCCCAAAUUGGUUGGUUUGACUGGCACAAAGGAAGAGAUUGAUGGAGUGGCCAGAGCAUACAGGGUGUAUUACAGUCCUGGCCCUAAGGACGAGGAUGAGGACUACAUAGUGGAUCAUACAAUAAUAAUGUACUUGAUUGGACCAGAUGGAGAAUUUCUUGAUUAUUUUGGACAAAACAAGAAGAAGGCAGAAAUAGCUGGCUCAAUAGCUGCACAUAUGAGGUCACACAUGAGGAAGAGGUAGCCAGAGCCAUGUCACCUGAUGCAGGAUUGUCUUGCUGGCAAGGAAGCUUUGUCUCCCAGAGGAACCUCUAUAUUAUGUAACAUACAGCGUGGACUGCAUACCCUGAGAGCAUCAUUCUACAUGAGAUGUUACCCUGGGGCUCAGCCAGCCCAGUCUGCCACGAAGCUACCAUGAGUCCAAAGGAUCAGCGCAGGCAGAACCAGUGGAGAACAGGCACCCAGAAGCAUCAGAGAGGCACACGAAUGCACAUCUGUAGGCACGGCACUCUUGGAAUAGUGUUGCUGCCUCGCCAGUGUCUGCUUGCUCAGGCCUGUGGGGCCAAAUUCUACAGGAAAGAGUGUCACUUCCAUAAUGCUCUCAUUGUUUCAACUCGUGUGCUCGCGUGCUCAUAGUCAGCAUAGGCGUCUACGUCAUCUUCAUACUGGAGAGUGGACGCUCAGCUUCUUUGAAAAGGCAUGUCACCAUCAGGUCUGCAUCUCAUUCCCACAGCAGCUGCUGCUUUGAGGGCUGGAAGAGAAAACUUACUGUUUGCACAUAACUGUUGGCUCAGUCCCCACCUUUUUAUUUUAAUAGCUAAGUGAUUUGGUUUGGUAGACCAAAUGGAAAUGAAAAUAUUUAUCAUGACUAUAAUCUGGUACUUUUUAUGUACCAGGUUACACAGUGUAUGAAAUAAAAGAUGUCAGUCUAA